AUGAGCCGAGUCAAGUUCAACGUCAACACUGAAUAUGCUUACAUUCAGAAUUUCAAGAUCUUACAAAAUGCUUUCACCCGCCAUGGCAUCGAACGAACCGUUCCGAUAGAGUCUCUCGUCAAAUGCAAAAUGCAGGACAACCUCGAGUUUCUCCAGUGGACUAAGCGCUACUGGGACCAAUACUUCCCAGGACACGACUAUGACGCUGUCGCACGCCGCAAGGCUGCUGGUACAGCUGGCCCCGCUGCGCCUGCCGCCCGUCCAUCGGCAGUUGGCGCCGGUGCCCGCAAACCAGCAACGUCUGCGGCGCGGGCUGGUCCACGCACUGGCUCGGCCGCUGGCGGUGCAGCGAUUGGUGCAGGCGGUGGUGCAGCAGCUAUGGCACUACGUCAGGAGAACGAGACGAUGAAAGAAGCGAUUGCAGGAUUGGAGAAAGAGAGAGACUUCUACUUCAGCAAGUUGAGAGACAUCGAACUCUUGUUGCAAACGGCCAUUGAACAAGACCCCGAGAUCGAGAAGGACGAGAAUGGAUUAGUGCGCAACAUUCAGGCCAUCCUCUAUUCGACUGAGGAUGGCUUCGAGAUUCCCGCGGAGGCAGAGGAAGGCCUCAAUGGUGACGAGCCGGAUACCUUCUGA